AUGGCGUUUGCUGGGACAAAUAUCAGUUUGUCCCAGCCGGAUAUCACGCAGAAACUAACGGAGUGCAUAGACGACCUAAAGCAAAAGAUUGCUGCUUGGGGGAAGCGGAUUCGCCGGUUUACCGAGAGGUCAAGGCGGUUCAACCAGAAUCGUCUCUUCCAGAGUGAUCAGAAGAGGCUCUAUAAAUCAUUGGAGCGACCAGAGGUAUGUGGAGCGGGCCCAGGACCGGAUCAGGCUAACACUGUCGCAUUUUGGCGUGGCCUGUGGUCAGAGCCCGUAAACCACAGCGAGGGCCCUUGGACGGAAGUUGUGGCGAGUCAGUGUGCGAGUAUUACGCCCAUGGACCCCGUCAUCAUAACGCCGGAUGACGUAGCUGAGGCGGUCCGUAGAGCCCCGAACUGGAAAAGUCCGGGACUCGGCGGACUGCAUCACUACUGGCUGAAGGGGUUCAUGGUGUGUCACGCUGUGCUCGCCCGUCAGUUUCAAGAGGCUCUCAACCAGAAGUCGCUCCCUAGCCUCUUCACUACUGGGAUCACUCAUUUGGUUCCUAAAGACCAGGUUACCACAGACCCGAGCAAAUACCGCCCCAUUACGUGUCUACCCACCAUAUAUAAGACAUGGCGUACUCGUCACCUGGACUCUAAAUCAGGUGAUGUCCCGCGCUCAAAAUGGAUGUCGCGGCGGUGGUCGUGA